GAGAAACUAAAUUCAUUGUAGCCUCUUUAACAGUGUCCACUGAGAAAUUUUCUGGUGAUGUGGCAGGUCUGCAGUAGUACUGCCCUCUGACAGGCAACGACAAUGUUCUUAGGGAUGUUAAGGGCCUUGAGCAUGACACCGAAUACUUUCUCCUUCGUCGUCCUGUUUCUUGUGGCGUCAGUCUACAGUGUUCAGUGCACACAGUUUCGCUUUGAUGGGUUUCAACUGCUGUCGGUCAACUUCCGAGAUCAGGAGGACGUCCAGUUUAUUCACAGUCUAGCCAACCAGUUUUAUGACCUUGACUUUUGGAGUCAGCCGGCAACCAAUCGUAAUGCCACGAUUCUCGUUCCGCCAUCUCUUUUAGGAACAGUGAAAACGAGGCUGGGCGAGAAAGGGCUAAGUUACACGGUACUUAGUGACCACGUGCAAAGUCUAAUCGAUGCUGGAUCAGCCCGUACUCCAGACGAGGAAGUGGACCGUAGGCGCCAGGUCAGUGGCUCCACCAUUGACCACACCAACUACCACAGAUACGACAAGAUCGUGGACUAUAUGAACCAAUUGAAGACUAAAUACCCCAACAAUGUGAAGAUAUCUGCCCUUAAUAACAAGACACAUGAGCGAAGGACGGUAACUCUUGUUCAGCUGACUGGCACACCGUCCACUACGAAGAAGCCUUCCAUCAUCCUAGAGGCAGGACUGCAUGCCAGGGAGUGGAUCUCACCCGCUUCCACCUUGUUCUUUGUGGAGAAGCUUCUCCAAAGUUACCAAGAAGGUGACGUCAAUGCUAAACUAAUGUUGGACAAAUUUGAUUGGUAUAUCGUUCCGGUGGCCAACCCUGACGGAUAUGAAUACUCUCACACUAGAUACAGGCUGUGGAGAAAAAACAAACGACCAAUCAGCACCAGGUGCUCCGGCGUUGAUCUGAACAGGAAUUUUGAUGUGGCAUUUAGAACCACCGGAGUUUCCCUCAGUUGUGUAGAGUAUAACUAUUGUGGGGAAAAAGCUUUUUCCGAGCCUGAGUCUGUGAACCUGAAGGAUUUGUUUAAUAGUUUAAACGACAGCGCUGUUGCUUAUCUGUCUAUCCACGCUUUCGCACAGGUUCUAUUGGUUCCGUGGAGCUACAGCCAUCUUGCAGCUAAACCGUCAGGCUACCAGGAAAAAGAAAAGGUUGUCAAGAAAAUGUUGGAUUCCAUGAUCGCCUCCCACGGAAUGCAGUACACCACUGGCAACUGCCUCCAACUCUUAGGAUAUUCGGCAUCCGGAACAUCAUCUGAUUGGGUCGCCAGCCGCAAGCCUAGCAUUCUGUCCUUGACCUAUGAACUACGACCGAAGCUGAACGACAGGAGAGGCUUCGUACUUCCGCCGACAGAAAUUGUAGCAACAGGAGAGGAACUAUACGACAGUCUCAAGGCCAUGGCCACGGCUCUUUAACUCUUUCUCUCCGUAAUUAUUUACCACAUUCUGGUGGAAUCAACGCUGGUAUUGUCAGUUAGGAGAGAAAGAGUUAAAUCCGCUUGUAGUUUAAUCGUCUGCUCAAGGUUCUAAAAAAAAAAGCGUAUAAAUGACCAGAAAUGAUUUUGAAUAGAUGUAAUAAAAAUGAAAGAUCUACAG